CUCUCUUUCUUCAACCCCUCCUCCUCUUUUUCCUUACUAUGCUCCUCGGGGACAAUCAAUCAACUGAACUCUUCUUCUACGGCAUGGAUGGAAAAACAACAAUCUGGACCUCAACACAUGCAACAAAAUUACGGACGAAAUAACCAACUUUUUUUUUAUUGCGAUUGGAAACAUUGAAAAAAACGGUGCCGUUUUGUCGUUUUUUCGGGUAUCCUCACGUUUGGACGUCUCGAUGUGGAUUGGGCGUGCAUGGGUUGUUGUGGGUUUCUCUUGGGGGCUAUUAAUUGCUCUCUCUUUCUUGUCCAUUCAACUGUUUUUUGCUCCUCGAUGGGUCGGGCUGACUCCUCAUAUUGUCUCCCUACUAUAUACUGGUGGGCGCUCUCGUUCGAUUGGAUGACCUCUGGGAAAUGCUCUGAACAACCUUUUUUUUUUCAUUAUACGUUGCCCAUCGCUCUCGACUUUGUUCAUGUUUACAAACUUCACAACACAACCUGCAAUUACCCGAUGGUCCUGGUGGGGUUUGUCAUCAAAACGCGACCGUCUUUAUUUUCUUCCCAUGGGUCGUCUUUCCCUUUGCGCUUCUUUAUGGUUAAUUCUCAUGUGCAUGCAUCGCAAUUAAUCUCGUCACCUUCUGACGAAAUUUAUCUAAUGCAGUCUCGGAGCUGAAUCUGAUGGUCGCCGGAUACAGUGGUCUGGGAAAGACCAGCUUCAUUCGGACACUCCAUGGA